AUGUUUCCCACACAUGCCCUCCUCGGUUCCGCUCGCCUGACGCUGUUCACCCGCGCAGGCUGUGGCCUAUGCGACACCGCCAAAAAUACCGUCCUUCAGCUCCAAAAACGUCGAUCUUUCGAGUACGUCGAGCAGGAUAUUAUGGAACCGGGUAAUAAGCAAUGGAAGGAUGUUUACGAGUUCGAUGUGCCCGUGCUCCAUGUCCAAUCUAAGAACAAUGGCUUGCCCAAGGCUGCUGAUCUGUCCGACGCGAGGAAACUGUUCCAUCGGUGGACGGAGCAGGAGGUCGAGCAGUCUGUUGAGGAGGCAGAGAAGCAGGAGUCAUGA